UUGACUGAAGAAACGCACCGAUUGUAUCCCAUCCAUCACUUCCAUCCAUCCCUCCUCCCACUCUUCAAACCCAGAAUCGAGUAACGGUUAAUUUCUUAUCCACUCUCUCCUUUGGCACCGUGGAAGGCAGAAACUUUGCACCGCAUAACGCAGACUGGCAUCUUCCUCCAAGCGAUUCCAAACGACUGAUGCUCUUUCACGCGUUGAGAAAGUGGAGAUGAACCAGUUCGACGCUUAAAGAGAGGCAUUAAAAAAAGUUGUGGAUGGUUACUUUCGCGCACAAAUAUUUAAAGGACUAUUUUGUCUCCAUAAGUUGCAGGGCUGUGCAGGAGCAGGUCAAAUUCUUCCCUCAGCAAACCUAUCCUCCGCAGGCAGGCUGGAAGACCAUCCACCCGGGAGAUCACAGCGAAUCCGAAGAGCGCAGAUGAUCGCAUCUGGUGUUUGUGGCGUCGCGCUGGUGCUGGGGUUGGUGGUUCUGAUUCCGGUAGUGGUGAACUCCGCCGGAACUCCUGCCCGCUAUGAGAUGCUCGGAUCCUGUCAAAUGGUGUGCGACUCCCACGGGACCGCAGCUACGGCUACAGCCAAGGCAACCAACCCGAUCAAAGACAACCGCCUGGUUCAGUCCCUUCCCACGUUCAUUCAGGGUCCUCAAGGAGAGCCGGGACGCGUCGGGAGGAUGGGUCCCAGGGGUCCGAUGGGCGAACCCGGGCCACCUGGACCUGCCGGUCCGCCCGGGGAGAGGGGGCCACCUGGCCCUCCGGGUCUACCGGGGGCACCGGGAGCGAACGGGCCAAACGGUGCCAUCAGUGCAGCCACUUACAACACCGUCCCCAAGAUAGCCUUUUACGCAGGACUGAAGAAGCAGCACGAGGGAUAUGAAAUACUGAAAUUUGACGAUGUUGUUACAAACCUUGGAAACCACUAUGAUCCCUCUAGCGGGAAAUUCACCUGUUCGAUACCGGGGAUUUACUUCUUUGUUUACCAUGUGCUGAUGAGAGGCGGGGAUGGAACAAGCAUGUGGGCUGACCUCUGUAAAAACAACCAGGUGAGAGCCAGCGCCAUCGCCCAAGACGCCGACCAGAACUACGACUACGCCAGCAACAGUGUGGUUCUUCACCUGGAGCCCGGGGACGAGAUUUAUAUUAAGCUGGACGGCGGAAAGGCGCACGGGGGCAACAAUAACAAGUACAGCACCUUCUCCGGCUUCAUGUUGUACGCUGAUUGAAACACGGACAGAUCUGCUGAAGAGACGAGAAAGAGAGAGAGAGACUGGGAGGAUAAAAGAGCUUCUCUGCAUAUAGCUUGCUUCACCGCUCGUGCUCAGUUCAAUGUCAGCUGGAUUAUUAGAGGCAGAGCUCACCGUUUCUAUAACUCGAACAGAAUCAGCAGUGAUGUGGAGGAGGUCAUGCAAAAAAACAGAAAACUGUGCUGGGCAAUAGCGACGAGCUGACAGUGUAAUUACAAAACCAAAAUAACAGUUUUAAUUUGUACAGCACCCACUUGUACCCUUGUCACAUUGAUUAGUGUUGCUCGUGCUCCCUGAAUGAAAUGUCGUGCUUUAUGAAUUAAGUUUGCAGACGGUAGCUCGUGUGGUUACACAUGUCCCUGUAGAUGGAAAGUUUAUAAUGU